ACCGCAGUGUGGAAACCAAGCCUCCAUUCAAGACUGAACCAGACCGCUUCCCCGUCGCCCGCGCCCCGGGGACCAUGUGAAGAGCCAUGUCCGGGACCAGCUCUGAUUGGGUGGAGAUCCUGGAGCCACGCUCCCGUGAGCGUAUGUAUGUGAAUUUGACCAGCGGCGAAUGCGGCUGGGAGCCUCCCCCCGGUGUUCCCGUCCGCCAGGCCGACGGCAACCAGUGGUGGGAGCUAUUUGACCCUCACAGCGGCCGUUUCUACUACUACAACUCUUCUGGGCGCCGCACAGUCUGGCAUCGGCCCCAGGGAGCCGAUAUCGUGCCCCUGUCCCAGCUCCAGGCCAUGAAGAGAUGCCGUGAGGCCAAGCAGAGCGGGGACGGCGUGGAGAGGCACCACCACCACGGGACCACGGGGACUCUCAGCAGCGUGGGGAGCCAGGGGAGCUGCACCCCUCUGCCUGAACAGGACGACGACGACAGCCCGGUCCCCAGGCCCCUGGAGGCAAACGAUCAGACCCCCGAGCUGGACCCGGCCGUGGACAGCAGAUCGCAGGGGGAUGGAAGCAGCACCGAGCACAGCUCAGAUGGGAGCAAAGAUCCGCAGAGGGAUGCCUCCCAAAGAUGGCAGCCAGUGCCAGGAUCUAAGGCAGCCAUGUUGGUGAAGGUGAACAGCAUGAGCCGUAACCAGCCCACUGCAGCAUUGCAGCAGCAGCAGCAGCAGCAGCACCACCACCUCCAGCACGGUCCCCAAAGCAAAGCCAACACCUUCACCCUGCACCCUUCCUGCAGCAAGGCCCAAGGAGGACAUUUAAAUUCUACCCAGGGAUAUAAAACUGCCCCCUCUGGCAAAAUGUCAGGUGACAUGCGUCAGGCCCAUCACCUGAGAAAAGCCAGCAAUGGCAGCUUUUGUCUGGUGACCACGGACGCCAGCCACCCAAGUCCUCUCCUUCACAGGUCACAGACCAGCACACCGCGCCCCAUCUCCCCUCAGUACGGUUGCACUGCCCCGAUCUAUGAUGAACCCGUUUCAGACAGUCCCAUAUACGAUGAGCCUCCGACAGACAUGGAGGUAGAGGGAGCGCACCUGUACAACGGACAGCCGCUGUCUCGCUUAACACCUACUCAGAGUCUGCAAAAACCCCGACACCUGCAGCACCCUGGAUCAUCUCACCUGGGAUCCAGACACAGGAGGAACCCUUCGUCCUCCGACUACAGCCCAGCUGGUCUGGAGUGCAUCAAGCACAUGAUCAACGUGGACCCCAAACAAGGGCAUCUGUCCGGCUCCCCCGUGCCCACCCGCGCCCCCUCCCCUACCUCCAGGCAGGAGCCUGUCCUGACACAACCUCAACCUCAUCCCCAGCCCCAAACCCACUCUUUGCAGCAGACUCGAGGCCAGCUGAGGGACAGGGAUCCAGGCACUGCAGGCCCAAGUUCAUUGGACAAGAAACAAAACUGGCGGGUCCUUGAGGCCACUGUGCAGCGUGCCAUGGAGGCACGGCACAGCAGGCAGAGCAGCCAGGCCUCUCAGGACUUCCCCUCUUCGACCCCACAGGCUACAGCCAACUAUCAAGAUUCUGGUUACUCCACCGGCCCGUCCCCGAGUCUGAGAAGAAAGAACAGGCGGAGGGUGGGGGCCGGUGGAGGCGCAGGAGGCCGGCCCGGGUCAGUAGGCAGCAGCGGGGAGCUGUGCGCCCUCAAUGAGAGGUUGAUGGCCGAGAUGAGGGAGGUGGUGAGUCGCUCCAACACCAUGAGGGAAGUGAGAGCGGGACUGGAUCCAGAGAUGGCGGAGAGGAGUGUUCUUCCUCGGACGCGCUCCCCCGCAGACUCGCUGAGGUGGUACGGCGGAGGGGGCGCGGGCUCGGCAGGUAGAUGCGCGUCACGGGAAGACCUCAGCGGCGCUGUCCGGUCACUGAAAGGUGCAAGCAACUAUGGCAACCCUGCCCUGACGCCGCUGGACAUACCAGGAAGGCAAAAAAGGACCUAUGAAAAGGUGGACACCUUGGAGAUGAGUGUAAAUAGCCAAGCCAGCCUGUCUUCACCAGAGACCCCAGGACCACCCUCUCAGGCGGGCACCCUAGAGCUGCAGGCUCAGCUGGAGAGCAGGAAGAAAGGCAUGGUGGACGGACGGACCGCCUCGCUGGGCCCCCACCGCCCCGCCAGCCAUGACAGCAGAGAGGGAGGUGAUGGGACAGGAGGAAGAGCGGGAGGAUCUGCCUACCAGCUCUCCUACGCCACCCUGCGGCAGCCCCCGCCUCCCGACAUGGGCAUGGAGGACUGGGCCAGCAAGCACCUCAACAUGCACACGCAAGGACUGUUCCGGCGGCGCGUCUCCAUCGCCAACAUGCUGUCCUGGAACCGUGGAUCCAUCAAGAAGCCCAUGCUGGUCACCAGCAACCGCGCCAUCAGGAAGGAGGCCUGCGAGAUGUUCAAGCUCGUGCAGGCCUACAUGGGAGACCGGCCGUCGCGCCUUGACCGCCGCCACUGCGCUCUGCUCAUCGUCACCAAGUGCUGGGACAUGCCGGGGCUGCGGGACGAGCUGUACGUGCAGCUGGUGAGGCAGACCACGGGCAACUCCAGCCCCAGGAGCCUGGCGGCCGGCUGGGAGCUGAUGGCUGUUAGCAUGGCCUUCUUUGCCCCGUCGCCCAAGUUCCGCUGCUACCUGGAAGGCUACAUCCAGAGACACACGGAGCCCACCAGCGACAAGAAAUGUGAGUCUCAGACUGAGCAAGACGUGACUCAGUUCAUCCUGGAACAACAGGAGUUAAAGCUGAAGAAGAACUCAAAGUCCAGAAAGAAGCGAAAACAGAACACAGAUGAAGAAGAAGGUCUUCCCAUCAGCACAUAUGCCAAGUUCUGCUAUCGGAAGCUGCAGAAGGUGGCGAUCACAGGUGGCAAGAAGGGUCUACGAAAGCCCACCUUGGAAGAGAUCGACCACAGCCGCCGGGCCAUCGUGACCCCCUCCCUCUUCGGCAGCUCUCUGGAGGAAGUGAUGGAGCGGCAGAGCGAGCUCUUCCCAGACAGGAAGCUGCCCUGGGUGCAGGUUCAGCUCUCCCAGUACGUCCUGGCUCUGGGCGGGGCUCAGACGGAGGGCAUCUUCAGGGUGCCAGGAGACAUCGAUGAGGUGAAUGCACUGAAGCUCCAGGUGGACCAGUGGAGGAUCCCGGAGAAUCUCUCUGACCCCAACGUUCCAGCUUCUCUGAUGAAACUGUGGUAUCGUGAGCUGGAGGAGCCCCUCAUCCCCAUGAACUUCUACAAGCAGUGCGUCAGCAACUGCGACGACCCAGUGGCGGCCAUUGCUGUGGUGCAGUCUCUGCCUGAGCUCAACAGGCUGGUUCUCUGCUACUUCAUUCACUUUCUGCAGGUAUUUGCUCAGCCGUCCAAUGUCGCCAUUACCAAGAUGGACGUGAACAACCUGGCCAUGGUGAUGGCUCCCAACUGCCUCCGCUGCCAGUCCGACGACCCGCGGAUCAUCUUCGAGAACACGCGCAAGGAGAUGUCCUUCCUUCGAAUGCUCAUCGUUCACCUGGACACCAGCUUCAUCGAGGGGGUGGUGUGAACUCGGGUGCUCUCUCGGCACCUCCGCCGGGUCCAUGGUUACACAUUUACAAUCAUGCAUAAACACUGUCUCUGUUCAGAGCACACUGGAAACCGUCGGGGUGAGAUAUGACACCUCUUCCAACCCAGGGAGUGUGAAAACAGCCUGGACUUUGAGCCCCCCUGCUUAGUUACUCAGAGACAGAACAUGCUACUUUAAAUGUUAUCGUUUUGAUACUAAAAUCCGGCGACGGCCGCUUUCAAAGCGGCUCACUUUAAUGACUGUAUUUUCUAACCGCUGCAUGUGAAAACAGGCUCACCCUUUUGUUUCUUACUGACUGGGUGUUACUUCAGUUACAUCAGACGACUGGGCCGUGCGAAGCGAGAGUGCUGCAGUAUUUACUUUAGAAAUAUACACUUGCACACACGGAAAUUAAGGCAGUAGUGUUGACGCUCUGCUUUAUUUUUACUCUCACUGAUUUCAUUCAAGCGUGUUUGUGUGUGCCUGUGUGUGUGUGAAUGUCAGAGUGUGAAGAAAAGAAAACAGCCUUUAAUCGUGUACAGAAAAUUGAAACUAUGUAAAGUGAAAGAACUAUUGUAACUGUCUUAUUAAUAAGCUCGCCUGUGCUGUUUGUAAUAGGUGUACUGAUAGGUGGUUUUCUCGUAUUUAAUUUUACGAAAUAUGAUUAUUAAAAAAACACGUGAAAGCAGGAAUGAGAAGAAGUGUGCAAAAAAAAAAAUUGUCUUUCUGAUGGAUGGUGAGAAUUACCUGAAGCAAAUGCACAUGGUGGUGCUUUGAUUUUCCUCAUUGAAACUCUUAACUGAAGUUGGAUGGGAGUGAUAAUUCUGAUUACAGUUACUUUGCGGGAACAUGGGAGGCUGGUAUUCAACUGAUGAUACUCUUAUCUGUUUGGACUUAAGCUGUGUUCUCUUUGUCAUCUGUAUGUUUUUGCUCAGGUCUUACGAAAUAAACGGGUGUGUGAAAAUUUGAUCGAUCCGACACAAUCCCCUGUACCGUGAACAGACUAUUGUUCAAACUGUUGUGUAUCUUGAGAAUGUAAAUACAGCUUUUUUUUUUCUUUUUUUUUUUGUUUUCUGUGGCCUCCUCAGGCUUUGCCGAUGUACAUAAGGUCUGUGUGUAAAAUAGUAAUAACUUUCCUCAAGUGUAUGCUAACAAAAGAGGUUAUGGGUGAAGUUUAACUGUUGCUGCAGAAAGCAAUAAAAAAAGUGUGUUUUUGUAAUUAACUGGUUAUUUCUCUGCUGUAACCGCUUGCCUUUUGAACAUAGGAAUGAUUAAAACCACUCUCCAUGUAUGUGCGUGUCUGUGUGUUUGCAAACCUUCUUGUCAUAAUACGGAGUGACUGUCCAGAAAUAAAGGAUUGUUCAGUUGUUUA